CCUUCUGUUGGAUUCUUUUGGAUUAUUAUUUUUUUGGGGGGGUUAUUUGUUUGUUUGUUUUUGUUUUGCUUUGCUUUGCUUUUUUGUUUGUUUGUUUGUUUUACAUCAGUUUGGAGCACAGGCGGUUGGAUUACUGAAACUGAAUUAACGGAUUUGUGGAAAUGUUGGGUCCUCAAGAAGACAAAUUAUGUGGAAUUGUUUCUGCUCUGGCGGCUUUGUCCUUUGUCUGCUUUGUACAAAGCACCUCCACCGGAAAUACCGGAAUAUCUGUGGCCAAGACGACAGUGGACAAAUUGCUGAAGGGGUAUGACAUCCGUCUCCGGCCAGACUUCGGAGGUCCUCCGGUCAUCGUGGGCAUGAGUAUAAAUAUUGCCAGUAUUGACUCCAUUUCUGAAGUCAACAUGGACUACACCAUCACCAUGUAUUUCCAACAAAGCUGGAGGGACAAACGGUUGGCCUACGCUGAGAUGGCUUUGAAUCUCACUUUGGACAACCGUGUGGCUGAUCAGUUAUGGCUCCCAGACACCUACUUCCUGAAUGACAAGAAGUCUUUCCUGCACGGUGUGACAGUGAAGAACCGAAUGAUUAGGCUCCACCCAGAUGGCACUGUUCUUUAUGGACUGAGAAUAACCACUACAGCAGCCUGCAUGAUGGACCUGAGACGGUACCCCCUCGAUGAACAGAACUGCACCCUGGAGAUUGAGAGCUAUGGGUACACCACAGAUGACAUCGUGUUCUUCUGGCAAGGAGGGGACAAUGCUGUAACAGGUGUGGACAAACUGGAAUUGCCUCAGUUCUCCAUUGUGGAGCUACGUCUUGUGUCCAGGGAAGUGAGGUUUACCACAGGUUCAUACCCUCGGCUGUCGUUGAGUUUCCGCAUCAAAAGAAACAUUGGCUAUUUUAUCCUGCAGACUUACAUGCCCUCCAUCCUGAUUACAAUCUUGUCCUGGGUCUCCUUCUGGAUUAACUAUGAUGCCUCUGCUGCUCGUGUGGCCCUGGGUGUAACUACGGUGCUCACUAUGACAACCAUCAACACCCACCUGAGGGAGACCCUCCCAAAGAUCCCCUAUGUGAAAGCCAUCGAUGUCUACCUCAUGGGCUGCUUCGUCUUUGUUUUCCUGGCCCUGCUCGAAUAUGCCUUUGUAAACUAUGUGUUCUUUGGACGGGGACCCCAGCAGCAGAAAAAGAUCAACGAAAAGCUGAACAAAGCCAACAACGAGCGUCCCCGCUAUGAGGAGAAGCGUCUAAGGGAACAGGACUCCAUUUCAGCGCCGUUUCAAAGCAACACCCUCAGGUCAUAUACACAACGAAGAAAUCUGUAUCUCGAGGAACAAAGAAAAGUCGGGGUGGAUGCUUACGGAAACAUUCUUCUCACCACUUUGGAGAUGAACAAUGAAGUGAUGCCAUCCGACGUAGGCAGCAGCGUCAGUGACUCACGGAACUCCGUCAUGUCCUUUGACAGCUCCGGAGUGCAGUUCCGCAAGCCCAUGGCUUCGCGGGACGGGUUCAGCCACCACUCGUUGGACCGCAGCGCCAUGCGCAGUCGUGCCAACUGCCGGCUAAGGAGGCGCUCGUCCAAGCUUAAGCUCAAAAUCCCCAACUUGACGGAUGUUAGCACCAUUGACAAGUGGUCCCGGGUCAUUUUUCCUAUCACUUUUGGAUUCUUCAACCUUAUCUAUUGGUUGUAUUAUGUGAAUUGAUAUGCGUUCCCCUAGGAAACAUGGGCCAUAUUUUGAGAGCACAUUGAAUUGGCUUUGAUACAAUUGGAAAAUAUGUGUACACAUAUAAAGUUGAUACAUAUGUAUAUGCAUAUUUCUAUAUAUUAUAUUUCUAUAUACACAUGCGUGUGUAAAAUCGAAAGGACUUUUCUGGUGUAAAAAAAACCCUAUUAUAUAGAAUGACUUGAAUGUUUAAGAAUAUUACAAGAGAAACAUUUCAAGUAUUUGAAUUUCUUUUCCUUCUGAAACAAACAAAUAACAAGCAUCAGUCCCUUGUUCGAGGGUACGGAACUAAAGACUGCAUGAUAUUUUCGCUAAAAGAAAAGAUCGCAAGAGAAAAAGGACACAUCUGAACGACUCAUCGGCUUUUUAUUGAUACUGUAAUCAGCCUCUCGUAACCGCAGCUCAUGAAAUCAGAAGUGGCUUGAGCAUUUCGGGGAGAGUCAACCGAGCAGGACCCCAGACCCGAUCCACUGCUUUCCCCAUCCUCACGGAAUUGUCCGUUUCUACACUGUACAGCAACCUCUUUUGCAAUUAUGUGUCAUUCCUUGAUUUUGCAAGUGACAAGCAUUCUCUUUAUCGGACCUCAGCUCUGGUCAAUGGUUUACACUGGACGGCCAUCUUGAGUUUUAACCAGUGCAUCCUGCCCAGUGUCAGUACAUUUCAUUUUCUCUCUUCUCUUUUUUGCUGAUUAUCUUUUCUUUCAUUUUUGGGCUAUAAUCAUAAUUUUGGAGGGCAACACCUAAACAUGUUCUAGAGGUAGUUCAUUAAUAGAUAAUAAGCCACUAGUAUGCUUCAUUCAUCAAGAAUUUAAGAAAAUUAAAAAAGAGAGAGAGUACAUUCAUUCAUUCAGUAGCCUUAUUGCCAUGGUCAGGUAGUAUUGGUGUUCUUUCUUUACUCUUGUUCCUAGUGCAUUUCAUCUGUUCUAUUGAUACAGUAUUCAUGAACAUCUUGUAGAGCUUUGUGUUGUUUGGAAUGGAGGGAAACCCUUAGUGAGCUGUGACGUUUCUUUAGCACUUGGAUUUGAAGUUAGUCCAUCAACUAUGUGAAAAAUGUAAAAAAAUAAGGAAAGAAAAGAAAAGAUUAUUGUGUAUUCAACAGGGGAUGUGACCAUGUUUUUAUCUGUUUCAUGUUUAAGUCAACCACUCUGACCAUAGUGUUACCUGAUAUUGUAUAUAUUCAGUCAUUGUAGUGAUCCAUCCCAAGAAUGAUAUACUCUGAUGUUUUUAGUUUCUCUAAAUGUGCCUGUCUGAAACCUGAAGGAUGUGUCCUCAGUUCAUCAAUCAGUGAAAGAGGGCCAGAUGACCCUUGAUCUUUGACCUUUCACUUUAAGCACUGCAGACCCACCCACAGCUCUGACGUUUUGCAUCUUGGGAUUGAAUCUCAAAGAUGAAUGACAUCAGCAUAAUCAGGAAAAAAAAAAAUGCUUCUGAGUCUUUUCGGGGCAAAAUGACAUGUACGAUAAAAGCCAUGAACUGAAGUGACAACCAAAAAGGCCUAUAAUCCAUUUAUCUUUUAUACCAUUUACCUCUGAUUCACCCACCACCAGUUCUUUUGGGCUUUGCCUCAUUAUGAUUCACCUCAGCUUCAUUGAUCUUUCUCUAUCUCCAGGUGACCACAAACUCAAAUUCAUAUGUCAAUUCAUCUACCAUCCAUAUUCAUUCAAAUCUUAUUUCUGGUAGUCUCUAGAUGUC